UGAGAUCGAAGAUUAAAGAUUGAAAUUUGACCAACCAAAACAAAGAAAUUCUAAUUCCUUUUGUUGUGAUUAGUCAAAUUAUAAUCUUUAAUCUUCAAUCUUCAAUUUUCAAUUCAUCUGAUACGGGCUUUAGACCCCUUAUUGUAGUCGAUCACGUGUUCAAUGUUGUCUCGCAUGUGUACGAAAAAAAGAUUUGUUUUCCUUCAAUUCGUAAUACUGGUUUUCUCAUAAAUAAUAAUCAAUUAAUAUUUCAUAUAAAAAUGCUCGAAGUUAUCGUUCUAUUUGAUGGAUAUUCUACGAAGUUGCCCAAUGGAAGGAUGGACGCAAAUUGUACGUGCACUUUAAUAAAAGGCACCAAAUUAAUCAUCGUCGAUACUAUGACAGCUUGGGAUCGUGUAAAAAUAAUACGAGCCCUUGCACAGCACAAUAUUGAGCCAGAGAAUAUCGAUUAUGUUGUAUGCACUCACAGCCAUGCAGAUCAUAUAGGGAAUAACAAUUUAUUCACAAAUGCAACACAUAUUAUAGGCUUGUCUGUUCAGCAGGGUACUAUAUUCUAUGAGGAUCCACGAAUUUCAAAUGAAGGUUACACACUCUGUCCAGGCGUUAAAGUUAUAGCCACACCAGGACAUACAGCUGAAGAUGUCACUGUUCUGGUGGAAACGAUAAAGGAUGGAGAGAAGAUGCUUUUUGCUAUUACAGGAGACUUAUUUGAAGCAGAAGAUGAUAUUUUAGAACCAUCUAUCUGGAAAUUACUAGGCAUGCCAGAAUUGGUAAAGACUCAAUCUGUUAUGCGUUCUCACAUAAUAAAUCUCGCGGAUUUUAUAAUACCUGGGCAUGGUCCAAUGUUUCGUGUUUCACAUACUAUGAGGGAAAUUGUCAAAAACCAAAUAAUAAAAUAAAAUUGAAAAUCCA